GGGCUAUUUCUUCGUUGACGGGCGUUGCAGCGUGUCCAUGCGGAAGUUUCGCGUGCUUUUGGUUUCCCCUCAACAUUUAAUUGAAUAAACUAACUGCACUCAGAAACGCUUAAUAAUGAAUAUAGGCCCAAUUAGUGGCUUGCAAAUAGUAGAUAAUGAGUGGCCAGCACUAGGUGAGCUGAAGUCGGAAUCGGUUGGUUCUAAACGGUUUGUAACCAGACCCAAAACCAAACAAAAAUGGGAGGAUUUGCCCAUUCAACUGACUUUCUCAAGAGUCCACCACAGCGAUGUAGCUUCAAGAGACCCUCUUCCCGUGGACAACGACAAUAUUGAUAGAGAUGAUUUGAAAACAGUGAAUAAAAUUCCUAGAAGUUGUAAACUGUCAUCGCGGGAUGCUCCUAGUACCACGGUUAAGACACAGAAAGCACAAUUCAACUCUCGUUGGUGUUUAUACGUGAAUCCGAAUUUUGGAGGUGUGGAGAUUUGCAGUUUCGCACCUAGAACAGGUUUUAACCCUCGUAUAAUCUCACACUACCGCCAUCACAACCUUCUAAAUCAGCCCUGUAUUGAUGAGAACAAUGAAUGUACCUCAUGUGUAUCUGAAAGACUGUCGAGAAUUAGGAACCAAAUUGAGUAUUAUUUCGGUGACAGGAAUUUUACUCGUGAUCGUUACCUCCAGGAGAAAAUGACGGACGAUGGUUUCGUACCUCUGAAAGUCAUCGAAGAGUUCCCACGGAUGAAACAGUUAGACGCUUCUGCAAACCUAAUUAUCCAAGCGUGUUGUAACAGCAACGUCGUAGAAAUUGACGCUGCAAGAGGGCUUAUCAGACGUCGAGCACCUCCAUUGGAAAUAACCAAGGCAUUUCAAGAAUGCGUGAUGCCUCUGUCACAGUCUCAAGAUGUGGACGGUGUUGCUGUCAGCGUUUCCAGUUCUUCCACAGCUAAUUGUGAUUCACAGAAACUGGAUAUUGAUGAAUUGGGAGAUUCAAGUAGUCAGAAACAUGAUAUGGUUGCAGACGGUAAAAACGACAUUGACUGGCUCAGAGUCGAACGUCGCCAACGUAAUCGCAACAAAACUCUGGCUUCACAUCAAACUAAUGCUUCUGUUACAAGACACCGUCAGAGGAAUGAAUCUUCGUGUUCUGAGUUUAGUGAUGUUGAUGAAGAUGAACUCCUCAAUUAUCUCAUUGUUAUUGUCCCUGAAAGAGCUGGCGGCCGCGCUCACGACCAAAACACAGUUGCUUCAAAAGUUCAUUCUGCAAAAUCUCGUUCGUCUGAAUCUUGGAGUGAAAAAACAGAUGGUGAGUGCAGUCACGUGACUGCUGCAUCAAAUUCUAGUUCAACUACCGAUAAAAAUCAAUCUUCGCAUGGGGGACAUUCAUGUAGUGAACACAGUGCAAUUUCUUCCCGCCUACUAGCCCGACAUCCAGGUGGUGACCGCCAUCCAAAUCCAGAUUACCAGUCUCGUGCCAAGAUAAAUGCAGACAUGUUGCAAAGAAUUCGUCUUGGGCUUGAAGACUAUGAACAAAAUGUUAAACGAGAACGUUAUAACUCUAUUUGCGAACUGGGUUUUGAAGAUGAUGUGGGGGAGAAUAUUCCUUUAGAGUCAUCAAGUGAAUCAUCCAAUCACUCUGUUAAUCGCUUGGAAAAGAUCAACGUUGUUUCUCCAGAAGAUUUCGUCAGUCUUAAGGAAGCCGCUGAAUCCGGUUCAGUUGAACGACUCACUUAUGUUUCGCUCGAAAAUGUUAGCAAUUUAGAAAAAGCUCAUUCAGUUUCAACGCAAUCAGAAAACUUUCAGACGCAACCUACGGUUGAUUCUUAUCCAUCAUUCCCCUUCUUCUAUCCAAAUGCAUUACCUCCUGAACCAUCAUCACUGGUCACUAGCUCUAUAUGGAUCCCUACUCCUCCCUAUCCAUUCUUCCCACUUAAUAGCAGUUCCUCGGAAAUCUGGCCGUACACAGUUGACAUGACAUCACUUACACCCAGUCAAGCUGAGCAACAGUUGGAAGCGGAAAAUGCAGUUGCAGCCCUUGUCGCUGAAGUUUCCAGAGCAGCUGUUGCAACAGCUACUCAAAAUCAAAAAUCCUCAGUAACUGAUAAACCUAAGAGCAAACAUGCAGCGAAGCGGCGUAUGACUGGUUUCUAUCCUGCGAAAUCUGCUGGUGCUUGUGAAAGAGAUGAAUUAGACGUUGGUUUCGCUUUUGAUCUUUCAGCGCGACCGUCAACAAGAACUGUAGGAAAACAAGUAUAUAGUGCUGUUAUAAAUACCUCAGGUGAUGAUAGUCGUAAUCGAGGUCCAAAAACGUUCGUAUCGAUGGCAAGUGACAUUAAUACAUCUGGAACCACAGUUAUCAUCAGUACUACUCCAGCAACUGACAAUGAUGAUGAACUGGGAUUUACUGCACAAGACCCCAUGAAAACUGCUCAACCGCAAUCUUCUACUCAGAAACAGAAUCAUUCAUCGACAUUUGGGAACCAUAUGAGUCAAUCUUAUCUUAAAGCCAGUGGUCUGACUUCACGAGAGUAUUUGCGCUAUCGUUCUUCUUGCUUGGCAGAUCGUGAAAAAUCAGGUGCUGGACAAUCUCAGGAGAUGAAUACCUUGUAUCGAUUCUGGUCGUUCUUUUUACGGGACAACUUCUUUCAUAGAAUGUAUAAAGAAUUCAAGCAUUUGGCUCUCGAAGAUGAAGCGGCAGGUUACCGUUACGGACUUGAAUGCUUGUUUCGAUUUUAUUCUUAUGGUUUGGAGCGUCGUUUUAAAUGGUCCUUGUAUAAAGACUUCCAGGAACAAGCACUGCGAGACUAUAAAAACGGGCAUCUUUAUGGAUUGGAGAAGUUCUGGGCAUUUCUGCAUUACAGUGGACGUAAGGUAGACAUGAAUCCUGAGCUGAAGGAAUUACUACAGAAGUAUAAGACAAUUGAGGACUUCCGAGUUAAUUUCGAAGCUCCUGAUGGAUUUUAUGGUUACCGUAAAAGACUGCCUUCUACAUCAGCUUCCGUACCUGCGAAUGUUUCUAAUAAUCCCACUUCUCAACCUAACGUUUCCUCAGUUUGAAUCGUAUGAAAUGUCGUAUUUUAUGUGUAAUCAGUCAGGCGUUGGUGAUCAAUUGCUUGUCGUCUAACAAUGAUCCGUUGCUCACUUUGUACUUAACUCAUUAGCCCAACCCCCCACCCCCAAAAGGUUUAAUAAAGAUAACACGCUUCUGUUGUCAACAACUGAUUGGGAUACUAUAAUUCACUGAUGACACAUUUUCGAGGUUUAUUAUUACUUAUCUUUUCGUUAUUAUUUACUUAACCGUCAUUUUCCUCCAUCUACAAAAAAUAUUUAAAGCAUUUCACCAAACAUCUUUGCUGCACUACAGACUCAUUUUCUAAAAGCUUUGUUAAAACUUUUGUACACACCUUUUUGUUUACUGAUGAUGUGAUAAUGUCAUACAUACUUUAUUCUAGAACUUUUACAUAUUUAGAUAAAAAAUAGUCCCUCUUUUAUUGUCUGUGUAAUCGCACUGGAAAACAACUUGCAGCUAUCUUUUUGUUAUUCUUUGUAUGAACUAAGCUCUUUUGCCUUUGACAACUGACGGCUCAUUUGGUUUCCCUCUUUGUAACAGAGAAGCCAGUCUUUGAAGAAUCAGUCGGUUUGCAAAUACUUUGGUAUUGUCUGGUUUUCAUUGAUAAUGUGUAGUGAAGAACAAAUCAAUUAAGAUGUUGGCACAGAUGUAUGUCCCUCUAAGCGGCUAACUUUCACCAGUUCCGAGAAUCAAAGCUGUCUUCACAUUGUCAUGAAGAAUUUUAAAUAAUUAAUGUAAUCAUAAGGAAGGAAACUGGAUGUUUGUCCAAGAUGUAUGAAUCCGUCACUUGAUAUGUCAUCGAUAUCCUGAAUGUGACAAGAAAUAAUGAUGUAGUCUUUGAUGAGGAAAUGUGGAACGAAAAUCUGGGGCAUAGCAGAAUUAGAACUACUGGUCUGGCUGUCCACCAAAUGAGCCACAAGACCCAGUGGCUAACUAAAUCAUUUAUUCACAGACAUCAUGGAAAAUGAGUGAUACGUAACUAUCUAUUCACUGUCGUACAACCUACUCAACCAAGACUCCCAUAUAUCUUGAUCACACAGAGUUUGGGAGCAGCUUGUUAGUUAGUGGUGAAGCUGUUUGGGAUAACCUAGGGUUGGCAACUGGUGUGAGUCCUGCUUCAACGUCGGUUUUCAUUUCUGCUUCACUCACACAUCCAUCCAAAGCCAUCUUACGUAUUCUCACAAGAAUAAUAAGGAAGACUUGGUCAUCUUUACCAGCUAGAUAAAGGAAACCAGUAUUAUAGAAAUCCAAGUUUAGCUUUGUUUGCCAUGUCCUAUGUCUCUGAAAUUAAUAUUUUUGUUAGCAUAAAUAUCUGUGUCAGUGCACAUUAUCCUGCAAAUGUCUUGCAUAUAAGCCAGCUAAUCUUAUGUCGUUAAGCAAAGUCAAUUGAAAACAUUCUCCUGGGGAAAGGGUUAGUAGUAGUUAAAACAGAACAUGGAAUCAUUCUGUCAAAUCGUCGACUGUUCGUCUGAGCCACAUAAGGAGGUGUUGACCGGCGUACUGCAGGCGCCUGAGACAAAUGGCUAAAGACUUAAAAUUGUUGUCAAUGGCCCAAAUACAUUCACUCUAUGAACUUUCAGAUCAAUUAAAUUGUCAUUAUUCUCCAUACAAUUAAUCUGUCCCCCAUACAUUUGGAUUUUUUUCUCUACCUUCGUUUACUUGUGGACUGUAAAAUCUUCAACUACUGCUCUUUUUGUGCAUAGUCCUACUUUAAAAACUCAGUCUAUUUAAACA